ACAAUUAUAUCCACACUGCUUGUGACCACUUUUGUAUAACAUCAAACGUGAUGGAAGUCCCUAUAUAAUCCAUGAUGACUUUAUGCACCCUUUAAAAUUAUGGACAGUCCCGAGGCACCCUUUAAAAUUAUGGACAGUCCCAAGGCACCCUUUAAAAUUAUGGACAGUCCUGAGGCACCCUUUAAAAUUAUGGACAGUCCCGAGGCACCUUUUAAAAUUAUGGACAGUCCCUAGGCACCCUUUAAAAUUAUGGACAGUCCUGAGGCACCCUUUAAAA